AUGUCUGGUAUCCAAGAUCCCUGGAACACCGGCAAACGCGCCCAGCAACAGGAGUCGCAGAGCAGGCGGUCGAGCAGAGGUAUGCAAGGCUCCCAGGCAUACGACCAAGGCGAUGUUCCUCCCCCCGAGGAUUUUGACCAGCAGCCAAGUCAGCGCUACGGUGAGCAGCAUCGACAUUAUGGGCAACUUUCCGUAGGCCGCAGUCCUCAGCCGUUGCCGACCCAACAGGCCCAAGGCCGCCCGCGAUCCCAGGGUUUAGGACUCCAUGGAACAAAGGAGUCUGACAAUUUGGAGGAUCCGCCUCAGCUGGGAACAAGGUCUCAACGAGGGUCGCAGUCGACGGAGGCUUCUGAUAUCACCACGGAAUCCAAGGAUGCCGGUGACGAGGAGGGUGGCAAGUCAGGUAGCAUUUUUGGCAGGAUUGGUGCUAAGAUGGAUGAUAAGGUGUCUGAAGCGAAGGCUAAAGUUAAAGAUAUCCGCUAA